UGUUAUCGAGUUAUGGCAGGUGAAUAUCUCAUCGAAUCAUGCAUCUGACGUCAAGUCACCCUCCUACCUCCAAGCACUGUACGACAAUUAUGGCACUCAUGGUCAACUCUGGUUAAUCCAUCCCUUAACAAUAAUACACUGCCCUCCAAUCAAACAAACACAGAUCAGGCCAGAUCAUGAUGGUUUUGUCCCUGGCUCGUGCGCAGCAAGUACCGUUAACGGCGACGCUCCUCCGGACAUGUCUCCGGCCAAGCAUCGACCGAAUUUUGCACCAACUCGAACUUGAAUAGCCUGUUAUUCUGGCUCUAACUUGACAUGGUUCUCGAGAAUGUACUGUCUAACUGUGGGGAACCCAUGCUUGUAGACGAUGUGGAUCCUGAGCUCUGGAUUGUCUGGAAAUUCCUGGAUGGCGCGUAGAACUGCCUACCUUUGUAAACGUUAUCGGUGAAAGGGACGACCCUGCACGUCCCAGUGCAAUCCCCUCAUCUCGCACUUAGACGACCUUGGACUGUACUCAAGGCAUUCAUCCACGACGCCCUCCACAUGCACCCCUCUUACACAUGCUGCUUACGUCCCCUUGCCAAGUCUUUUACAAAGGGUUGAUAAUCCGGGAUCAAUUACAUGUCAUCAUGGAUGAGUCAAGAAUUCAACCGCAAUAAUUGAUCACGUCGAAAUGGUAUAUAAUCGCACACAGUGUCUGCUCUGCAACCCCCAGCAAGAACAAUGUCGAACGACUCCUCCAAUCCCAAUAUCGUCAUCCUCGGCGCAGGCGGCUCAGGCAGCAGAGUCGCACACCACCUCUCCCAAUCCUCUCCAAAGAAAUACAACAUCAUCCUCGUCGAUCAGCGAGGGUACUAUAUCCACUGGCCAGCGAUGAUCAGGAUGGUCGUCGCUGCUGACCACCACAUCGCGGAGAAUGCCCUCAUCCCGCUGGAUAAGAACUGGGUCGACGGGAAUGGGAAGCUCGUCGUGGGGAAAGUCGAGUCUAUCCUCCCUGCAAAAGGGAGUACAGGAGGAGAAGUAGUGCUCCAGUCUGGAGAACGCAUCCCGUACGCCAUCCUAGUGCUCGCUACUGGAAGCACCUUCGAAGGACCCCUCGCUCUCCCGGAUACGAAACCCGAAACAGUGCAGUGGGCGCAAGACUGGCAUAAGCGAAUCGACGCUGCUCGGAGCAUCGUACUCGUCGGCGGGGGCGCAGUAGGGGCAGAGAUGGCAGGAGAGAUAAAGGAUAUUUGGCCUGAAAAGAAAGUCACCUUAGUGCACGGAGACCGGGCGCUGCUUAACGACACCUAUCCGGAGAAGUUCCGCCAGUGUGUAGCUCAAGGCCUUUCCUCGCGAGGCGUAGAGUUCCUCUUCUCGGACUACGUCGACACCCUUCCUGCGCCUGGGGAGAGCGUCACCACCCGCAACGGGAAGAUCCUGCAAGCCGACCUCGUUAUCCCCACCCGCGGAGGGAAGCCCAACACCGACCUCAUACGCGCCGCAUUCCCCAACACAGUGGACGCCCAAGGCCGCGUCACUGUCCUCCCUACACUGCAGAUUCCCGGUCACCCAACAGUCUUCGCAGCAGGGGAUAUCACCUCCCUUCCCGAGCAGAAGCAAGUAGCGAAAUACCCGUCGCACGCGUCGCUCAUCUCCUCCAACAUCCUCGCCCUCACUGCUGGCCAGGCCCCGGAAAAGAAAUACAAGCCUCAGAUUGAGAUGAUCUUGAUCACGAAUGGGAAAACGGGGGGAUCGGCCUACGUGGGCCUGCUUUGGGGCUUGAUGUUGGGCGAUUGGUUUGCGAGAACAAUGAAGAGCAAGGAACUGUUGGUGGGGAUGGCGAGGAAGGCUUUGGGGUAUUCGUAG